AUGUUUAAUUUUUGGCUUCCAUCAACCUUUUAUGGCAAGAGGAGGGAGACUGCGGUUGUGCCAGUCCACCCUAACAUUAGUGAUGAUGUUGACGAGGAUGAAGAUGAUGAUGUGUCAGACCCUGACUUCGUCCCACCCACCCACAACCAGGACAUUCCAGGCCCAAGCGACAUGGGCCCCUCCACCAAAAGGAAACGCUUGCAGCCUGCCGUGGAGGUGCUCCAGGACAGUGGCAGCGACAUUUACAGUGUGGACAAUGAUGAUGAUGAUAACGAGCAGCCAGCACCACAAGCCAAGAGGCCCAGCAAACCCAGUAAGUCAGCAGCCAGGCCAACCACCUGGCACAAAGUUGACCUAAACAACACAGCCCUGCCUGAAUACCAGCACUCCACCCCUGACUACAUUGAUGUCCCUUUUCAGUACUUUACAAGGUACUUUGACAACCAAAUCAUCAGGCAUAUCACGUACCAAACCAACUUAUAUGCUGCUCAGGACAUCAACACCACUUUCACGACCAAUAAGAAUGAAAUACUUGCCUUUGUCACCAUCCUCAUCUAUAUGGGUAUUGUGGAGCUACCGUCUGUUGAUGAUUACUGGGCCAUAGAGACCAGGGUCCCUCAAGUUGCCAAACUGAUGUCCUCGAAGAGGGCAUCUGAGGAUGGCUUCAUCCAUGACAUUGUGCUAUACCAGGGCAAGACUACCAUGGAGGCCCAUGAUGUUCCCCUAAAACCUGAACAAGAAGGCUUAGGUGCCACCAGCCAGAUUGUAUCUGUCCUUGCCAGUACCAUGUCCUUUCCCGACACCACAGCCAUCUAUGCUGAUAACUUUUUCACCAGCCUGGAGCUAGUGCGGUACCUCCGAGACCACAACUGUAGUGAGGAUGGGAUACUGGCUGUCAAGUGGAAGGACAACAAAACGGUCACUCUUCUGUCAACCGACAUGGGGGUGGGGCCGAUGUCCACAGUCAUCAGGUACUGCAGUGAGAGUAAGAAGAGGGAGCCUGUGAGCUGUCCAGCUGUCAUCAGGAGUUAUAAUGCCAACAUGGGGGGCAUUGAUAAGAGUGACAUGCUGGUACAUCUCUACCGCACCCCCAUGAAGUCAAAGAGGUGAUACUCACCGGGCGGUGAUGUUAAGAUUGACCUUCCUCCUCCUUUCACCGGGGAUGGGAGCCAGCUAGAGGUGGCCGUUGCCGCCACAGCCAGGAGCAGCGGCAAGGAUUCUGCCUACUCGUCUCUGCAAGUCCACGUUUCUGCUGUGGGACAGCCUCUCUGA